AUGCCUACCGUCUAUGUCGCACACUACGGUCUCCCCCAACUCAAGGGUGCAAGGCAUUGGGCUAUUCUCGUCCCCAAGGAUGGACAGCUUUUCACGGCCUAUCAGGUCAGCGGCUCCACGCAAACCUACGAAGUCAAGCCUCCCGAAGACAUCCAGACCGACAAGUCGUCAGCCUACUUGGGCAAAGUCGAAGUAGGCCAGAUCGCAGAAGGCCACCGACCAGGUUUCCAGAAGACUGUGUUGGCUGUGCCGGUCACCAAGAACAGCACCUCCUGGAACUGCCAGAACUGGGUCGUCGCCGCCCUCAGCUCUGCCAAAGCCGCCGGUUUCGGCGUGAAUGCGUAUAGUCAGAAAGAAUUGCAGGAUCUGCUGGCUAAGAGCGCGAAGUAG